AGUCGAGCUUCGCUGACUGAGCUGAACGGUCGGUACUGCGCACUGUCGCUACUGCGCAUGCGCCGGCGAGCAACACGUUACUUGCCGAACGCGAGCACGCGCGGGUGAGGCACUGUCGUCCGUGACCCAGUGUGGAGGCGAGGUCGUUCGCCAGUAUUCCCUGAGCGACGCGACGAAAGCGAAACGCCGUUUCCUCCCUCCUCCUCCCACCCCCUACACUGGCGACCAUGUGCUCGCAAGGACGCGGCAACUUGCCAAGCGCGACCGUGAUGAGCUGAGUGUGUGUACGAGAGGCCAGAAGGCGGCAGUCAGCUGUUUCCCGUCGUACCACGCGCGCCACCUGCCUCUGGCUAGUAUGUGCAAUCAACAGGCGGGCUAUGUUGUGACGUGACACGCGGCCACCCGGCCCCUAUUCUUCAGCGCUGCUGAUCACGUGACUGUGUUAUCAGUUAUCAGUCUAGCGCGCCGCGGCGUCCAGUGGUUGCUGAGCUACCGGCACCUUGAACAAGUGCUUCCCGCCGACCGCCAAGUGGUCGCGAGCGCGCUUUGUUGUCGGUCCCGUUCUCGCGGGCGCCUCUGGGAUAUCGACCCGACCGAGGGCGGCGUCGGUCGGCCUUCCUCGCAAGACCACGUGCUCUACUCACACGCACAGAUUUCUGGCGUGCCUGUUGCACCUUCUCUGCGACUAGAAGGCCGGGGCAGGACAGUUCAUGAUUUACCGUGCUUUCCUGCAAGGACAUAGGAUAGGCUGAUAAACCAGUUUAAGAGCUGCAGCGUCAGCGGCCGCGUCCAGCGCCCCCGGCCGCGGCAGCGCCAGCGCCUCCGCCGGCCACGUCGGCGCGCCGGCAGUGCCUGGUGUGGGCGCCUGCAGCGAGUCUCGCGCCCGCCGUCGCCCGGAGAAGCAGCAGCAGCAGCCGCAGCCACAGCGCCGCCGCCGACUGCCCGCCGCGACAACCACCUGGCGCCGCCGCCGCCGCCGCCGCCGCCGCCAGCGCGCACCACUGCCGCCGCAAGGACAAGUACUCGCCGCCCCCGCAGCCGCCGCCCUCCGCCUCUCCGCGACACUCCACAGCGCAGCACCAGAGCAAAGCGAGCCCUAGCGCGCAGCAUCUACAGCAGCAGCAGACGCUGACGCAGCGGCGCGGUCAUCAGCAGCAUGCGCAUGGCAGCUGGCGGGCGCGCUGGUCGGGCAUGAAGCUGAAGGAACGCGUGCUGCUGGGCGUGAGCGCGGCCACGGUGCUGGCGACGCUGCUGCUCGUGGUGGACCUGCAGCUGGAGCUGGGCGUGUCGGGCCGCCACCUGCUGCCCAGCCACGGCCGCCACCGCCUCGCGCCGCACGCCAACACCUUCCGGCACCGCGUGCUGCAGCGCGCGCCCGCCAACGGGUCCGAGCGAGAGGCCUCCAACAGCUCCGAGGCGGCCGCGCGCUCCGCCGCCGUCGGCGUCGGCGUCGGACGAGCCCCCACCGACGGCCCGCACGACGAGUUCAGCGACCUCGUCGACUACGUCGCCAACAACGGCGAUGUCGGCGUCGUCGAGUCGUCCGCAGCGCGCCUCUCUGCCGCUGCCGCGGAGCUGUUCGGCGCGCGCCGCAACCCCACCAUGGCCGAGCUGGUCGACUUCCCGGACAGGAAGAACCUGACGUCACUGGAGCGCUUCCACCGGCGCAUCUCGCAGCACGAACUGUACCGCGCGGGAGACCCCGUGAUCGAAGACGUGCUGCGGGACCUGGCCACGCAGCGCAUCGUGCACGUCAGUCAAAAAGAUGGAGGCACUCAAAUCAAGCUGGUCAUCGACUACGCUAACCAGAUGCAAGCUCUGUUCAAGCCUAUGCGGUUUCCUCGGGACCAGCAGACACUGCCCAAUCACUUCUACUUCACAGACUUCGAGCGGCACACGGCAGAGAUCGCCUCCUUCCACCUGGACAGACUGCUGGGCUUCCGGAGGGCGAUGCCGGUGUCGGGGCGCGUGCUGAACAUGACGAGCGAGCUGUACGAGCUGGCGGACGGCGAGCUGCUCAAGACGUUCUUCGUGUCACCGUCGGACAACCUGUGCUUCCACGGCCGCUGCUCGUACUACUGCGACACGGCGCACGCCAUCUGCGGCAACCCGGACACGCUGGAGGGCAGCUUCGCCGCCUUCCUGCCCGACAAGGCAGUCGCGCCGCGCAAAGUGUGGAGGCACCCCUGGCGCCGCUCCUACCACAAGCGCCGGAAGGCCCAGUGGGAGAACGACCCUGACUACUGCUCGCUGGUGCGCGACAUCCCGCCGUACGACAGCGGGCGUCGGCUGCUGGACUUGAUGGACAUGGCGGUGUUCGACUUCCUGACGGGCAACAUGGACCGCCACCACUACGAGACGUUCCGCAUGUUCGGCAACGACACGUUCCCGCUGCACCUGGACCACGGGCGCGGCUUCGGCCGGCCCUUCCACGACGAGAUGUCCAUCCUGGCGCCCGUCAUACAGUGCUGCCUGCUGCGGCAGUCGACGCUCACCACGCUGCUCAGGUACCACAACGGCCCCCGCAAGCUGAGCGACGCGAUGCGGGACGCGAUGCAGAAGGACCCGGUGGCGCCGGUACUGUGGGAGCCGCACCUCGCCGCGCUGGACCGCCGUGUGCGCAUCGUGCUGCAGGCCGUGCGCGACUGCGUUGCCCGGGACGACGCCGUCGAGGCGGUGGUGCGCAACGACGCCGACGGUGACGCUGCCGACGCUGCCCCCGCCGCCCCCGCAAGCGGCUCCUAGCGGCGGCGCGCGCGGCGGCGGCUGCGGCAGCGCCAGCGGAGGCGCCUGCACCCGUAGCCGCCCCCGCGCACCACCCCUCGGACAGCCGACAGUCGUCGGACACUGUGUGUUUACAGUGGACUCUGCUCUCGUGUGAUUGUCGUCGCAAAAGUAAACAACAACCUAGGGACCACGCUGCUUCCAUAGCGCCCGCUCCAGAACUCGUGUCCUACUCUUUUUUCUACAGCUACACUGAGCUUCACCAGUUCUCUGCUGAACCUGUAAAUGUACAUGUGUACACACGACACGACAUGCGUGCUUUUUUUCUACCGACCAAUUCCUAACAAAGAAGGGGACCUUCGCCAUAUCUAAACUGACAUAUACCACUCAGAAAAUUUCACACAAAUGUUCCUAAACGCAAAUCACAGCGUUAACACAUACGAUACAGCUAGUCCUGUACGCUUUUUGGUCUGCAAGUAAAUGCCGUAUUAUCCUCCGCAUUGCGUACAAGAACCGGCUCUCCUCUCUAGCCAGUACAAACUGAUACGCACAGCAUAACUCGACCUCUUUGCUAGGAAUGCAGCGAGCGUAAUGAUCGCCUCCUAGGUGGGGGGAGAGGUGUAACGGGAAGAAGCCCCGCCUUCUUCUCGUACGGCAUGCAGCACAAUGGAAAUAACGUUGCAUUCAUAGUGCCUCCCAAAAUGUUACGAUCUGUUACACUGGUUUCUAGGAAAGUUUGACAGUGGUGGGAACACUCCCUACCAGCGCUAUGUCAUCUAACUUCAGUCGAUUCCUUCACUCUCAGAAAAUUGCCUCCCAAAAUGUUACGAUCUGUUACACUGGUUUCUAGGAAAGUUUGACAGUGGUGGGAACACUCCCUACCAGUGCUAUGUCAUCUAACUUCAGUCGAUUCCUUCACUCUCAGAAAAUUGCCAAGUUAUAUUGUGCGUAUUGUCGUUUCAUUUGUAAAUACACGCUCUUUGCCGGUUCACAAACUUUCCGCUCCAGUGAUAAGAAAAGCUGAUGUCACAAGCUCUUUACGCUUCUUUGUCGUAAAGCAUCAAGGACUGUAGACACUUGUGGUGACGUGUUUGAUAAACAUUUAUUACCAACGACGCUAAAUAAGUAAUUGCAAUCCAAACGUCUCUUCUGACUCGCAAUGUUUAGGGACUCAUUUAACCAAAAGAAAAUUCGAUUACGUCUCUACUAUACAGACUGUCCCAAAAAAAACACCGACGAACAUGAGGGACCGGUUCCUUAUGCAGAAAUAAGAAAAACAUAUCUGUAAAGAUGGCCUCUAAAAUGCAUACUUGAAGAGGUAUGAUGGCUUGUUCAUUUUUGAUUCUGUGAAAUAGUUCAGUUCUACUGCAAGGUCUUAGCUUUCCAAAUUUGAGGAAGAAGUAUUUCCCAAAACGAGGAAAACAUUUACAGUAAAUGUGGGCUCUAAGAUGAAUACCUUAAGAGUUAUGAGCAAUUGUUCAUCUCAGCUAGUGUGAAAAACAUCUCUUCUACAGAACACGUGCUCAUAGCUCUUAAGGUAUGCAUUUUAGAAUCCAUGUUUAUUGGAAAUUUUUUCCUUGUUUUGGCCCCUGCUACCUCUUCCCAAAAUAGAGAAAGCAAAGAGCUUGUAGAAGAAGAGAUGUGUUUCGUAGCAUGGUCAAGUGCGCACCAGACUUUUUCUUGUUUCCGUGUAAGGAACUUGCCCCGAAAAUUUGUCAGUAAUUUUUUUGUGGUGGAGUGGGGGGGGGGGGGGGGGGAGGGGGUGAGGGGGACUCUGCACAUCUUGCCAUACACGGGAAAAUUGACCUAGCCACAAUGUCGUCUUAUGUACCAAAUAAACACAGAUACAUUUAUCUGUUCCGUACCUUUUACUCCGCAAUACAAUGAGAAAACUUGAAAAGUCCUAAGCAGAUGCGCUUUCAGUAGACUGCAACUCUUCUAAAUACUUAAUUAAGACGGAGAUUCUCCUAUCAGUCCACUCGUUGUUGCGCUUCAGGUACAGUGUAAAACUGUAAAAGGAGCAUGGUUCAAGCGAAAUAUCAGUCUGUCGUUAAAGCGAAAGCAAAAUUCCGAAGUCGUCAGUGCCAUUGUAUCGAUAUGACUUCCAAGUCGACACUUACAGACAUGGUAAGCAAUAUAUAAUUAGUAAGGAACACUGUAUGGUUGACGACACAUACUCUCAGAUGAUGUACAAGAGAAACAAACAAAAACAAAGUAUUUCUUUAAUCUUAUAUCGUGCUGAAUGCUCAACAAAAUAGUGAAAGAAUACUCUCAAAAAUUUGUAGCAAUUUCCUAGUUUAGUCUACUGAUUUAUGACUUUUUGCGAAUUGUUCCCAUAAACCAGAAGCCAUUGUCUUUGAGCGAAGCAAUGCGGACAGAUAAUACAGCUAUAUGUGUAUUCUUAGGCCUUUUUCGUUCGUGACGCUACAGUGUAGUCCCUCCAGGCCCAUAUUUGAAUCACAACAACGUGCUGUCACAUAUAAAGUAAUGGAAAAAGCUACAGUUAACUUUUAGCUGUGGCCACUUUAAAACUAUUGUUUAAAGACUUUUAUGGGUUCCAGAAACAGUCAAACAUAAACUGAGUGAGUGUUCCAGUUCUUCGUUCUCAGUGAGUCAACUGCAGGACGGAAUAUUGCAGCGCAGUUCGUCAUUGGUCGCUUUACAACAUAUUACAUAUCAUACACUGGUAAGCUUGUGAGACAAUAGUGUGUGAAACGUCCUUCUAGAGUGUUUGUUAGUUCCAAGAACUGUUUCAUACGGCCUGAAUAGAAGGGCCAUCAGUGGCUGUGACGAUAUGGUGAUUUGCGACUAUUAUCCCGUGGUUUUUCCUUUUUUGGUACGUGGACAAUGAAACGCCAGUGGUUAUUCAAUGUGUAGGCCUGAUAGUGCUUCAUCUGUUAAAGCCAGCAGUCAGUCGAAUGUUUGCGGAAAAAUGAGUAUAACUUUACCGCUUAGCCAGUGCCGUGAAGAUGCAUCCGAGCAGAUGUCUAAAGCUGUCAGCAUUAUGUGAUGAUCUGUUAUUUUUGUUGUUACUUUGGUCUGUGUACAUAACACGGUUAAAUUAUGUUGAAAUAUAACUGUUAAUUGUGUGAAAAUUACAAUGCAAGCCUAUAUUCAUGUUCUGUUGGGAAACUGACCUUGUUUAAUAGCAAAUAAAGCUGUUAUACAGAA